AUGGAAGAGAAAAGGCUCAUCCGAAAACUAGAUCGUCGUAUCUUACCCAUAGCAUGUUUACUCUACUUGUUUGCUUACUUGGAUCGCUCUAAUUUGGGCAAUGCUCGAGUUCUCACUGGGACUAACGAUGGGAAACCACCUCUUCCCACCGAUGCACUCGGUGGUGACCCGACAGGAAUCCUCUUUGACUGGGUCAACUCGGCAUUCUUCUUUUCCUACAUUCUUUGUCAAGUACCUGCCACAAUUCUGUCCAAGUUGGUUGCCCCUCGCAUAUGGUUGGCUUUAGCUGCCAUUGGAUGGGGAACCUGCUCAACACUAAUGUCCACCGGUUUUGAUUUCGGCGGUCUGAUGACCACCAGAGUGUUUUUGGGAAUAUUUGAAGCGGGAUUCGGUCCCGCGAUCCCUCUUUAUUUCUCGCUUUUUUACACGAAGGAGGAAAUGGGCUUGCGAAUGGCUUACUGGUUCGGGUUCGCAGCCGUUGCUGGAGCCUUCGGUGGGAUAGUCGCGUUUGGAAUACAAAACGCGAUUCUGCCUUUCAGUAAUUGGCGCCUUCUCUUCAUUGUCGAGGGAUUGCCAGCCAUUUGCCUGGGAAUAAUGACGUUCUUUUUCCUUCCAGACCGGCCGGAAUCUACGCAUUAUUUAGAUGAGAGGGAAAGAGAGAUAGCUAUUGCAAGAAUGAAUCGCGGAACGAGCGGUGAUGUUGGAGCUGUUGUCAAUAGAUCUCAUAUCUCCAUGGCAUUUCGGGACUGGAGGAUCUAUACUGGAGGAGUGAUAUACUUCGCACUCAAUUGUUCUUUGGCCUCCACCUCCGCUUUCCUCCCGACCAUUCUAAAAACACUGGGUUUUAGUUCUGCCCGAGUUCAGUUGAUGACUGUGCCACCAUAUGCUGUUGCAGCGUUUGUUAUCGUACUAGGCUCUUGGAUAUCGGAUAGAUUGCAAAGUAGAGGCAUUCCUAUAGCAUUGGCUUCUUUAGUUGGAGGCGUCGGAUACUUAAUCCUUCUCUUUGUCCCGACUAACCUACACGCCCGAUACUUUGCAACGUUCUGUAUCACUAGCGGUACCUAUACCAGCAUUGGCAUCAUAAUCGCUUGGUUUGCGCAUAAUCUUGGGUCUGAAACCAAAAAAGCGACGGGCAUCCCAAUGUUCAUGGCUAUAGGUCAAUGCGGCAGUAUCCUCGGAUCUCAUCUCUUCCCAACCACCGAGGGUCCUCGAUACAUAAAAGGAUUUGCGGUCUGCUGUGGCCUUGAAAUUUUCGGGGCUCUUUGCGCGUUGGUUAUGACGAUCUCUUACCGUCUCGACAACGCUCGUAGAAACAAGCUACACGGAGUUCCCAAAGAGGAUGCUCGAGUGGAUGUCGCAGAAAUGGCGGACAAGGCUCCUACUUUCCGUUAUAUUAUUUAA